AUGGAACUCCCGGAUGGUAGCUCCAUUGACAUCAAGCCCCCCUUCCCAACGAAUCCAAGUGCAAGUCUACCGAAAUUAACACCCUCAGCGUCGUCACGAUUCCAACCAACAAAUUCCUCCACUGCCGUUGCCUCCGCUGCCUCUUCGACCAGUACGACCACCACAGCCACAACAAAGCGUCGAUCGUUAAAGCGACCUGCGCAGUCCUCCUCCUCUGUCUCCUCCUCCAACAGUAAUAACAACUGUACUCCAUCCAAAAGCCUUCAGGAGCCUGCUACAGUAACUACAACCUCUGCGCAAACUGUGCCUCCUCUUCCACCUCAACCCUCAACGACCUCCUCCACGCUUCCCGAUGCAAAUGUCUUCCUCUCUAUCAACACUGUCAAGCAACUUGGUGAUCCUCAGCAGUUACCAACACAUUUCACUACCCAACCGGCUGCAGCAUUGUUAGGUUGCAACCACCACGCAGGUAUGCAACCGCUGUACGCGCCCCAGCCCAUUGGACCGCCCUCUGUGCCUCCUCCACCGCCGCCUGCACCUCUGUCGGGGAAGUCGACACCCCGGCAACCUGCGAAAAAGCGGCUAGAGGCACGAACCCCCACAAUUGAGGAAUUGGGCGUACCCUCUGCAUUCAAGGCUCUUCACGACACACCAUUCACACCGGUUCUUGGUCGAAGUGGUGGUGGGAGCACUAAUUCGAGGGACACUUCAGCGCCACCUUCAACAGCAGUAUCAAACACUUCUGCAGGAGGACAAGGAGGAAUGGAUACGACAGAAACAAAGCCGGAUGAUGAUGAGGACGAGGAGAUGAAAACUAUCUUUGCUGGCCCUGUUGCAGCUCGUCGGCACCAUUCAACCGUCAAUCAACCGCCCAUUGGUGGAUUGUCAUACGCUGAAUAUAAAAGUCUCCACGAGCGUUUACAACAGCAUGCGGUCAAUGGUGUUGGUUUAGCUGGCAUGGAGUCUCCCAAUCCCCUCUUCUUUAGCUUGAGUCCGAACGGCGUGGGAGGGGGUGGAGUGGGUGGAUUUGGGAGCGAUGCGGCUGAUGACUUACGGCAGAUGCCCUCUCUUCUUCCGGCUCCUGGUAUCUCUCCCCCUCCUGUGACCACCCUCGCCACCCAUCGCCUCACCCCAGGUGGUAGCUGUGGCGGGGGUCGGCAGUCGCGACCGCCGGGAACGACUGCAACACCCGGAUCCGGCCUCUUCGAUCGCGAUACCCCUGGUAGUUUGCGUAACCUCGCGUCGCGGUUUCGUGACUCUCCUAUCUUUCCGACAAAUUCCGAAAUUCUCGAGGUUCUAGUGAGCCUGGCGCAGGAGUAUGGCGUUCAAUCGAAUCGCGCGGGCAGCAGUUGUAGUCGCCCUCAGAGUCAGCACUACCUUCGAAGGAGCCUCUUCCUUGGCAACGAUUCCCCCAGUCCCGCGGGUCUUCCUCUCAACAUGCUGAAUACUGCCGCCCCCACUACCACUUCGACCUCCGACCUCAUGGAACAGCAGCGGCCGAAUCAGCAAACCUCUCCUCUCACCUUCGCUCCUUCCGCCAACGCUGCCACAGCAGCCUUUGACGCGCAAUCACUAUCACCACUACCGCCGCCCGACUUCAACCAGUGA